AUGGCUUGCGGCGCUACUUCAAUGGCGGUGGAAUCUUCUACCGAAGCAGAGGCGUUUGCCUCUGCUACUGCGCUCCCUAACGAGGAUACUGGUUUUCUCCGUGAUCGGCGGCGCAGACAUUCAUUCCACGCUUCCAGAAAACUCUCGUGCGAUUAUCAAGAUGCGGAUGCAGUCUUCAUCAGGGUCGAACUCUUCUUAGCCGAACUGGAACGUCGAAUGCAAUGGCUUGAGGAAUACCGGAGAUCUCAUAUGGUGCAGAUCGACACUAGUUUGAAACGAGGAUAUGCUACUCUCGAGGCCGUGAGGGACCAAUGCUCUCUCGCCUCGGAUGAGCUGAUGGGCAGUGGCAAGAAGCGGGCCAGAAUUCUAGUCGAAACCCUCGAAGAUGGAUACAACGAGGUUCUGGUGACAAAAGAGACUUUGGAACAAAAGGCGCAAGCCGGGGUCCGGUUAAUGGAGUCAUUUCUGUCCGAGCUCGAGCACCGAGUACAUGCGGUUCGCGAUCGCGGGAUCUACGGUACAUUGGAUGAUGGAUGGAAAGCCAUGGACUCAAAAUUGGUUUCUGCCCGAGAAAUCGUCGACGAGGGCAUGGAACGUGCCCGCCGUACUCGUGACUCACUCCGAGUCACAGUCGAAGAAGCUAUUCGACUAGCCCAGGAAAAGCGAUUGAUCAACUACCAUGAACUGCCUCACCCAUGGCGAGUCAAUCCACAUAUCAUCAAAGGUUACCGAUUCACCACUUCCAAGGUGGAAUGUGUCUCGUCGGUCUUUGCAUACUCGAACGAGAUGUUCAACAUUUGGUCCCACAUGAUCGGCCUCGUCAUCGUUCUUGCUAUCGCCUUUUACUUCUACCCGUUGCACACCAAUUUCUCACUGAGCUCAAAGUCCGACAUCACAAUUGCUGCUGUUUUCUUCUUUGCUGCAUGCAAGUGCCUGGUCUGCAGUACCAUCUGGCACACCAUGAACAGUAUCGCCUCACAGUCAUUGAUGGAAAGAUUCGCCUGCGUGGAUUACACUGGAAUCUCCAUGCUGGUCGCUGCCUCGAUUGUGACCACUGAAUACACCGCGUUCUACUGCGAACCCAUUUCUCGAUGGACGUACAUUAUACUCACCAUGUCACUGGGUAUCGGUGGCAUUAUCCUCCCAUGGCACCCUACGUUUAACCGCCACGACAUGGCUUGGGCUCGCGUGGGCUUCUUCGUCACCCUCGCCGCCACUGGUUUCUCGCCUAUCGCCCAGCUUUCUUACACGCGAGGCUUCUCAUGGACGAUGUAUUUCUACGCUCCUAUUGUGAAGAGCAUGGUGGUCUACUUUGUCGGUGCCCUUAUCUACGCUUCCAAAAUCCCCGAGCGCUGGAAGCCGGGUUUCUUCGACUAUGUCGGCGGCAGCCACAAUAUUUGGCAUAUAGCUGUCUUGGGUGGCAUCUUUUUCCAUUACCACGCCAUGCAGGACCUGUUCGCGGGGGCUUUCAUUCGAGCCCAGGGCGAGUGCCCGUCCCUGUGA